UCUGGUUCUGUACAGCAUCCCGGUUUUGCUGCCACAGCAGCUGCGAUUCUCGCGUGUAUCGUUUUCCAUUGGUUCACUCUAAAUGUACGCAUAGAGCAAAUGCAUGGCUUGGCCGAUCUGUGUUUGAAAGUCAAAGCGAUCGUUUCUACCUAGUGUAACGGCCGGCACACAUAUUUUGCCUCUUAUGAGCCUUAUCUCGCUGGAACCAGAGACAAAAAGCCAGCGUAAAUAUGUACAUCCUUUGGCACAUGCGUCUGUAAAGUUUGAGCAAUCUCCGCAUGUUUCACCACACAAGCAGCCUUAUUUCCGCUGCUCUGUAUCGAUUGGCCUAGUGAAACACUUAAAAGUAAUUAGUUUCUGAUUGGUAAUUUUAUCUUACGGCUUUUUUUGACAUGUGAUCGUCGUGUUCGCUCUAAUCUGAUCCCGUGGAAGAGCGAGAUUUUACAAUGAUUAAAACAUUGCUCACCAAUAUUUGCCGGUUGUCACAUAUUCGAAAACGAUGGAGAUGUGGAUGUUAUUUUAAUCUAACUGAACACUAGAUGCGACGGGACAGUGAAACUGCACUUUUAUUGACAUGAUUUGCAAGUUUUGUAUAUUUAUAUUCAUACAAACUGCAUUCUUCGGAUUAUGUGCAGCUCUUCCGAAAAUUCAAGGUCACUUAACGACCGCCUCCCCUCGACCCGGUCGUCCACCCAGAAUCCUGGAGCAUCCUAGUGAUCUCAUUGUGCCCAAAAAUGAGCCGGCAACACUACAGUGCAAAGCUGAUGGUGAUCCUAGUCCACAGAUUAUUUGGUACAAAGAUUCGGGAGAGAGUAUUAGCAGUAGCGGUGUGAAUCCUUUAUUGACCAACGCUAGCCCGCAAAAUUCGGACACCGACUCACCACGAUUAAUUCAGCAGAACGGCGCAUUACAUUUCAGCCGUGUUUUGCAUAAUAAUAAAAAGGGAAGACCGGAUGCCGGUAUUUAUUGGUGCAUUGCCAAAAAUAAUCUCGGGGAGGCGCGAAGCCGUAACGCUACACUAACCGUGGCAGUGCUUCGCGAUGAGUUUCGCCGCCAGCCGAAUCUCAACAUCCAAGUGGCAGCCGGUGACACUGCCAUGCUGGAAUGUCAACCACCCCGCGGAUUUCCGGAGCCGAAAGUUUUUUGGAAGCGUGAUGGUAAAGAACUGAAAGCCACCGGACGUUUUGCCCUAAUGGAUGAGGGUAAUUUAGUCAUUACCGAAGUCCGCCCGUCAGAUGCCGGCAAGUACGUCUGUGUGGCGGAAAAUCUGGUGGGCAGUAAGGAAUCACACGCGGCACUCUUGACGGUCCACGUCAAACCCGCCUUCAUCUCACCACCGCAGGAUAUUACGGCACGCGCCGAUGAUAAUGUUAUUUUCGAAUGUAAAGUCACGGGUGACCCCGAUCCGCGGGUUACAUGGAGUAAGAAAGACGGGCGUUGGCCGCUGAAAGAUCCACGGAUUAGCGUGCAGGAAGACCGCUCACUGCGUAUUGAGCGCGUGUCCCCGUCGGAUGAAGGAGUCUACGUGUGUGAUGCCGAAAAUGACGCCGGCACGGCGUCGACGACCGUCAUGUUGACCGUCCAUUCCCGGCCCAGUUUUCUUAUGACACCACGUGACCAACGGGUGGCCGAAAACGGGGCGGUCAGCUUUGACUGCUUGACCACCGGCAAUCCACCGCCGGCCUUCUGGUGGAUGAAAGAGGGCACGCAGGUGCUGAUGUUUCCCGGGCAGCCGCACGGGAGAUUCAGUGUCCAGCAAGAUGGGACGUUGAUUAUUGAUUCUGUUAAGAAAGAGGAUACCGGAUACUACGUCUGCUCGGUUAUGUCCGUCGCCGGCUCAGCACUGGCUAAGGCGUAUCUGGAGGUGUCCCAUGCGGCAGAAGUGCCACCACCUGUCAUUAAAAUCGGCCCAGCUAAUCAGACCCUAGCGGCCCAUUCCAUUGCCAUGCUCCCCUGCCAGGCUACAGACAUUCCACCGACGGUCAUUCAAUGGUACAAAGACGCAGCUCUUCUUCCGACCAAUAACCCCCGCAUCACCUUAUUAGACUCGGGAACGUUACAAAUUUCCGAUCUACAAGUGUCUGAUUCAGGCAUUUAUACCUGCAUUGCCUCGUCAGAAAGUGGAGAGACACCUUGGUCAGCGCAAUUGAUUGUGGAGCUGCCCACCAAUCCAACCGUAAUUUUCCACCGGAUGCCGGAUCCCGCGACCUUUCCCAGUCCACCAUCCAAGCCGCAGGUGGUCAAUGUGACGGAAAUUUCAGUGGAGAUCAGUUGGCGGGCACCGCUGGAUGAGGGUGCUGGGCCAGUAUUGGCUUAUCGCGUGGAGUAUUUCAGUUUUGACAUUCCCAUGGGAUGGAUGGUCGCGGCGGAAGCGGUGUCGGUCAAUCGGCUAAAUAUCGGACAGUUGCGCCCGGAUACAUCGUAUUUGUUCUUGGUCAGGGCGAUUAACGCCUACGGGCUGUCGUUGCCCAGUGUCAUGUCCGAGCCCAUUCGCACCCAAGGCAACUUUCGUCCGCUGCCGGAAUACGAUCUUGCCGAUAUUAAGUCCAAGUUUACGGAGCAAAUUGUGGAGCUAACCGAGGUGAAAGCCAUUUCGUCAACGGCAGUUAAUUUGUACUGGAAUAUACUGCGGUAUGAUAAAUACAUUGGUGGAUACUACGUGAAAUUUCGGACAAUUACCACGCGGACCGGAGGAGAGUACGGGAAUUACUCGAUGGUAGCCGUGAGGCGGGGAUUGGCGCAGACCCAUACUCUGCUGAAUUUGCGUAAAUUUGCCAAAUAUGAAUUCCUUCUGGUGCCACAUUAUAAAGACAUUAAAGGUGUUGCCAGCAAUGUUUUGACCUGUCAAACAUUGGAAGACGUGCCAGAUGAGCCUCCUCAGGAUAUCAAUGUCCAUCUGGUUAAUCUGACAGCCAUCAGUAUCUCGUGGCAGCCGCCACAUCCCGAUCAUAUCAACGGAAAUUUGCUCGACUACCGGAUUCUUGUGUCUGUAGCCGGUGCAGGUAACAGUCACACCGGUCCCGCAGUUAACUCAUCAUCCGCUGCUGUCGUCGCCAACAGCUUUUAUGUCCGCAACAUAACCGUACACGUGAAGGAGGCGCGCAGUCAAAUUAUUGGGAAUUUAAGCAGUGGAAUGCGCUAUCGCAUCCAGCUGGCUGCACGCACCGAAGCCGGAGUGGGCCUAACGAGCAAACCAAUUUACAUUCGAAUGGAGCGACCCGUCCAAGGCACUGCCGAUUUCCUGCGUGAGCCCUGGUUUAUUGGCUCACUGGGCGGCGUGAUGUUCCUGUUGUUGAUCACACUCUGUGGGAUGCUGUAUUUCCGCCGGAGUAACAUGGCCCUCCGGCGCAAAGCCUAUCCACCACUGCAAAUCCAGCAAAUGGGCAUCCCUUUCCACCCGGGAAUGCAGACCAACAGCACCCUCCUCCCGGAUUCCAGUGUCAUUCUCGGCCGGCGUCCGGCGGGCAGUUACAGCCGCAGUAGUCCGUGGAUGGCGGAGAAUCAUUGUGAUUGGACUAAUCAGCCGGCCGAUCUUAAGGAGACGUUAUUGCCCAGCUUUGAUAUUCCCUUGGGUGCGUAUGCAGCAGAUGGGUUAAGGAGUGCAUCGGACACAACCGGCGCUUCACCCUACGCAACGGCCACGCUGGCGAUGUCGAAGCAGCAUCGUGGCACUUGUGCCCAUGAUGUGCCGGCCAAAUGCGCCCAUAAUCCACCAAAGUAUAAUGAAGUGGCCGAGGAAGAUGCGAAGCGAAAGCUGCACUAUGAUAACAACGCCUGUUUGCAUCCGAUGGAUCAUAACAGCAGUCUGUCAUCGCGCUCCCAUCAAUCACACCCAGAAACACUCAGUGUCCAUAGUCAGCGCUCGUCGCCGCGCAGUGCCCGCUCCAACUGCCUGCAUCAUCCGAAGCAGACCAAAUUUCUGCCGACAUUAAAUUGGGCCGACAUUCUCCCGCCUCCGCCCCGCUGUCCGCCACCCGCGCCAGAAUCUCAACCCAACGCGAAUCUCAAUAAUGAGGAUGAUUAUUCGUCGCUUUACUAUGGUGACAGCGAAAUGCAUGGGAAAUUCCAGUCAGAAAGUGAAGGGGAAGGUGAAGUGGACCAGCGCCCAGAACCGCCUCCACGAAAUGCUAGAAUGGUCCAGCCUGAAGCUCCACGAACCGGGUUGGUCGGUGAUAAUCAUUCCGCUAGGAAUCCACUACAAAAUGUGACCAAUUUCGCUCUGCCGAGGACGAGAAGUUUCGAGUCAAAUAUGACGGGUGAUGGAGAACUAAAUGCCGGUUCUAACGCUGAUUUCGCCAGUGACACUGAGUAUGGUGAUGGUGACGCCGACGCGGAAAACGAGGACAACGAUCCCCGCAGCCAGGAAAGUAGUCCCUGUUUAAGCUCUGAAGCGUCAUUCUUUCUGGAUACGAAUGCUUCCCGUGCCGCGGCAGCCAAGGCUAAUGCGGCUGCCAGCCAGGUGCCUCAACGCACGCAUCUGCUGCAGCAGUAUCCCCGGCCCACACCGCACAACAGUCCCUUUGUUCGUCAUCAUUCGCUGCGGCAGGACGCGACGGCCGGUACCUCGUCCUCCUACCGGGAUACGGAUCGUGUCCGUUCCAGUGUGGAUCGCAGUGUCAAACCGCCAGCUGCUAGAAGACCAAAUAAGUUUCAGUAGUAUUUGUUCCAUGAUUUUUUGUGUGACAUGUUUUUUUGUGUAUAAUGUUGCGAACGUUUUAAUGGUUAUUGCUGCGCCAUAGUGUAAUACUAUGCUAAACAGUCUAAAAAAUUGGCAGUAUAUUCGGCUGGAAGUGAGCAGUGUUGUUGUUUUUUUCUUUUUGAUCUGCGUUACGGUGUUGACGGAAUAUGUCCAAAGAAUACAAGU